GACAGGUACUCCGCUCGUCGCACGCGCAGAGGAUGCGUAUCCUUUGCUGGAAAUUCUUCUGCCCGAGGGGGAGCUCCCCUCGGUGAACGACUUCGCUGCCCGGUAUGGCCGCCGCGGUGCACAGCGCCUUCAGGAGCUUCACGCCCUUCUAGGGUCAGUUAUGCUUCGUCGCACCAAGGUGGAGAUGCUCCCUCAGCUGCCGAAGAAACGUCGGCGGAGAGUGCUUCUGGACCUUGGGCCUUCUGCUCCCUCUGCAAGUCCAGCUGCUCGCGAGGAGCCUGUGGAGGAGGCUUGCGAGAGAUUGGCGAAAGCGAAGAAAGCUGCGGUGGCAGAAUAUCUGUCCUGCUUGCUGGCUGCUAACGUCCGGUUCCUCGUCUUCGCCCACCACUUGGCCAUGCUCGAUGCCCUGGAGAAGUCGUUGCGGGAGCAGUCCGUCCGGUACUUCCGCAUCGACGGCAGCACCGUGAUGACAGAGAGAUCAAAGUACAUCGAUUCGUUUCAGACCACCGACUACUUUCAGGUGGCGCUGCUGUCCCUCACAGCAUGCUCGCAAGGCUUCACGCUCAGUGCUGCCUCCCUCGUUGUUUUUGCGGAGCUCUUUUGGGUUCCUGGGACACUCCUCCAAGCAGAGGAUCGAGCCCAUCGCCUUGGCCAGGAAAGCAUGGUGGAUGUGCACUACUUAGUGGCUCCUGGAACAGUCGAUGAGCGCAUGCUGGCUGCCGUAGAGAGACGCGCGCGAGAUGCGGAUAAAGCUGUCGAUGGGGGCACCGCAACCGCACCGCUGGCCAGAGAAGGAGGCAUUCUGGAAGCGCCUGUGGUAGAGAAGGCCACCGCUCUGGAGGAGGUGGCAUCAG